UCAGUGGGUUUAAGCAUGUUCCAAGGCUGUGGUUCAGUGGCGGGUCCUCAUGUCUCUGGUUCCUCUCCCCCACCGCAGGGUAACCCCGGACCCUCUGGUCCUGCUGGAUCUGCUGGUAAAGACGGCCCCAAGGGUGUGCGUGGCGACGCGGGUCCCCCCGGUCGUGCUGGAGAUCCUGGCCUGCAGGGUGCCGCUGGACCCCCUGGAGAGAAGGGCGAGCCUGGCGAGGAUGGUCCCCCUGGUCCCGAUGGCCCCUCUGGUCCUCAGGGUCUGGCUGGCCAGCGUGGUAUCGUGGGUCUUCCCGGACAGCGUGGUGAGAGAGGCUUCCCCGGACUUCCCGGCCCAUCUGUGAGUAUCCCGUCCCGAAACCAAAACCCAGUGGGGUGUAGGAGCAACAUCACACCCACAGCACAGGGACAGCACCAGAAACUGACCACAACAACCACCACCACAAUGAUAAUAAAAAGUCCUCUGGAGAGCAGUCCACAUUUGGACUCCAGUUAG